AUGGACAAAUUUACUGGAACAAUAGGCCAUAUCCUUGAUAAAGAUGAAAAACUGGAAGAUGACUUCAAGGAAUGCAUGAACUACACCGUUAGUCCAGAUGAAUUUGAAGCAAAGUGGUCUGCUAUGAUCAGCAAAUAUAAUUUGCAAGAGAAUGUUCAUUUCCAACGUCUUUAUGCAAUCCGCAGCAGUUUUGUGCCAGCUUACUACAUGCAUUGUUUUUACGUGUUCUUGCAAUCGACUCAGAGGAGUGAGGGGUUUAAUGCUGUGCUUAAAAAGUAUGUGAACCCAAACAUGUCGGUUCUGCACUUUGUUAGGCAGUACCAAAAGAUUCAAGACAAGUGCUUGGUGGCUCAAGAUGGGCAGGACUUCAGAACUGAUGAUAAGGAGAGGAGAAAGUGGUCUAGAUACCCAAUUGAGAAACACGUGUCAACUGUGUACACUAAGAACCUAUUCUACAGAUUCUCAAAAGAAUUUGAGAAAACUGCUGAAUAUGAUGUGACGCCUGAAGGUCAGUUCCAAUAUUUGCUUGUGCCGAACAACAAUUUUGUCUAUGGCUAUGGAAAAAGGACAUAUCUUGUGACAGCCGUGGUGGAGGAAGAAAGUUACUACUGUGAGUGCAGCAAGUUUGAUAGGGAUGGGAUGCUUUGUUGCCAUAUAAUGAAGAUCUUAACAAGAUUGGGAGUGAAGAAUAUACCACAACGCUACAUAAUGAAGAGAUGGACGCAAGAAGCAAUUCAAGGGGGUGAGAAUGCUGAGCCUAAUGCACAUGUGCCUGCUGAAUUCAUAGCCCGUGGCAUGCCCCUCAACACCAAAAGGACUUUGUGGUUCACCAAUCUAUCUACAGCUUUUGCAAGUUUAGCAGUUGAGGGGUGUGUUUCGAAGGAGACCUACACUGUUAUGGACAAUCACAUAAAGUUGAUGCAAGCUGAAAUUGCUGAGAUCAAACAGAGGAAAAAAAGCAAUGCUCGAAAGGCGCGGGGCGCUAAUCGAGCAAGGUCUGUCAACGUAGAUGGGUCUAAUGGUGCUGCUAAUAUGGGUAUAAUUGGUUCAACUGAUACACAAGUUGUGUUUGAUCCUAUGGUGCAAAAUAUUUCAACGCACCAUGAAGCAGGUGUGACUGAAGACACAGGUGAUACCCCUGUUACCAUCUAUGGUGAUUUCGAUGGCACUAGUACAAUGACUACAGAUGUCGGCAACCCCCCAAGAUCAAAGGUCAAAGGGCGCAAGAAGGAGAAAAGGUUUAAAAAGGGAUGA